AGCAGCUAUGGAGUAACGAGCAGGAGCACUUUUUCAUAUUAGGAAAUGAUGUCAGCCCAUGACUAGGUAAUUGCAUGUCUGAAUAAGUUGUACGACAAACAUGCACAACUAAACAUGAUCAGUACGUGUAUCAGACAAUAAAAACGACUUGCCUGUUCCAUGAGAACCCCGGAAGUGUUGCAUACAGAGCUAGCUCGCUAAUUAUUAGCUCGGUCAGCUAGCUAGCUACAUUUAUGUUGUUUCAGUCGCCAGUGAAGCAUUUCCAUCACGUUUUUGUCGCGAGGAUUGCAGAGACGCAGUACUGAUAAUAUGGUCCAUAUCGACAAUGUGAAAUCCGUAGUCUCUCACCGAAGAUAGCAGCUGGUACAGAAGCAGGCUGUUUUACAGUUCGCUGAUCUGCAUGAUGUUGAGACAACGGACAGUGUCCAUCUUUUAUGUCAGAUACCAAAGGCAGGUUUAAACACUGCACUGUACACUACUCGAAAGGCAUUUUUCAAACCUUAGUGGAUCUCCGGAUAUCAUAUCAAUGAUCAUUUGUCUCCAGCUGUCAGAGAUUGGAUCAGCCUGCAGACAUCAUGAGCGCCAAAUUCGGACUGAUCAACUACAACUCUCGCAAGCACAUCUCCAUAUCUGUGCCCUCCUCGACAGAGGUCAUGUCUCCACACAUCAAGUCUGUUGAGGAGCUGAAAGUACUGGGCAUCAACCUCAGCACCUUCAACCCGCCCGUGCAGUUCUUCAUCUGCGUGGCAGGAGUCUUUGUGUUUUACCUCAUCUAUGGCUAUCUGCAGGAGCUUAUAUUCUCUGUGGAGGGAUUUAAACCCUUCGGGUGGUACCUCACUCUAGUGCAAUUCGGGUUUUACUCCAUGUUUGGCCUGGUGGAACUGCAGCUAACGCAGGAUAAACGGAGAAGAAUACCUGGCAAAACCUACAUGAUGAUCGCAUUUUUAACUGUUGGGACCAUGGGUCUGUCGAACACCUCUUUGGGAUACUUGAACUAUCCCACACAAGUCAUCUUCAAGUGCUGCAAACUCAUUCCUGUUAUGAUAGGAGGGAUUUUCAUACAAGGGAAACGCUACAAUGCGGUUGACGUUUCUGCUGCUCUGUGCAUGAGUUUGGGACUCAUCUGGUUCACCCUGGCGGACAGCAAAGUGGCACCCAGCUUUAACGUGACAGGGGUCUUCCUCAUCUCUUUGGCCUUGUGUGCUGACGCGGCUAUCGGAAAUGUUCAGGAGAAGGCCAUGAAGCUCCACAACGGCUCUAACUCCGAGAUGGUGCUGUACUCUUACUCCAUUGGCUUUGUUUACAUCCUGUUUGGCCUGCUGUGUGUUGGCGGAUUGGGCCCAGCCGUGGCCUUCUGCUCUCAGCACCCUGCGACGACGUACGGUUAUGCCUUCUUCUUCUCCCUCACGGGCUACUUUGGCAUCUCGUUUGUGUUGGCCUUGAUCAAGCUGUUUGGCGCCCUGGUUGCCGUCACAGUUACAACGGGAAGAAAAGCCAUGACGAUAGUGCUGUCCUUCAUGUUCUUUUCAAAGCCUUUCACAUUUCAGUAUAUCUGGGGAGGCUUGCUGGUCCUGCUUGGGAUCUUCCUGAACGUUUACAGCAAAAACAAGGACAAGAUGAAGCUGCCCUCCCUGGCAGAGAUCCGCAGUCGUCUGCUGAGGGAGCGCAAGGUGCGGCUGCUCUCGCAGAACGUCUAGACACUGUUUUUAGGGGGCCCAGACAUAUUGGACCUAAACUCAUGGACCGGGACUUUGGUUAGGAUGUGGGUCUCCACACUGACUUGACCUCGAGGGCAUUAGUCAGUCACAUUCCUAUCAGGAGCCCCUCACGGACGAAGAGGUGUUACUAUCAAAGGGAAACUGUUGACAAAGCCAAAAAGCAGUUUUGCACUAGUAAUGGUGACUUUUAUCAAUUGUGCAGGACUUGAAGGAAGGAGAAUGGUUUGAUGGUUCAAAGUAUAUACUACAGCCUAUAAACGGACAAUGUCCGUGUUGAAUGUGUACCAAACGGAGUCAUCUUUAACAGUGAAUCUUCACCUGCACGUGCCACAAGAAAGGACUUCUUUUUUUUUUUCGUUGUUGUUUUUCCGAAUCAAGUUUGUGAGAAAUGGGUACAUUUCCAUGCUCUAUUUUAAUUUAUAUUUCUUGAUUGUACUGAAAGUGGGGAUUUAAAAAAAAAAAAAAAAAAGAGUUGCGACAUCUUCAAAGGAGCAGGGAUGUGGAUGUUUAUCGACCAACGUGUCAACUGCCAUAUUUGCUAACCAUUUGUUUGGUGAACGGACAGCUCUUUUUACAUUAAAAACAAACUGGGAAGUUUAGUCAAGGCGGGUGGAUGUGUUUUCAUAAAUUUCAGUGUGGUAAUUAGCUUGCCAGAUGACUCGUAUUCAUUGGUUGCAGCCAGCCAGGGAUGUUGAACGUCUGCCAAAGAGCUUCUCAGAUGUUUAGCCAUCAGAUAGCCCUGGGCUUGUUUGAUUAGUAACCCUGGAAUAAGAUAGUACCAGAAAGAAAACAAACAUUGUUCGGAGAGCUUGGCUUUAGACCUAAUUUGGAUGAGCAGAAAAUGGUGUGUGUGUGUGUGUGUCAGGGUGAUACUCCGCUCUUGAAGGAGAGGUCUGAUGUCCCAAAGGGAUUGAUAAAAGCUCAGCAAGCAACAGCCUUUGGGAUUGUUCUUCUGUUUUCUCUGGGCAGUCUGACAGUCGGAAGAGAACAGAGCUAACUACCUUAAGACGAGGAACUCCCAUUUCAGCUGUGCUAAAUACAGAUGUUAAACCACGUAACUAUAUUUGGCACCCAUCUGGUUUUGAUGUUUAUGAAACCAGAGCUCUGAUCUAUCUCAGGAGAGACUACAUGCAGGAUGUAAAGAAUCUCACUGGUCCUCUACGUAAUUCUGUCCAGUUGUGCCUGUUUUAACCUACAGUACUCACCAACACACACAUUUAUCGAAUAUAGAGUUUUAGGCUUAAUGCUUGUCCAGUGGAUUCAGCAUUUCCAAUCUCCAAAAACGAGCCGACCAGGGACCUAUUUCAUCAGCUCCCGUUAAUUAUUAAUAUAGCAAUUAAAGCGCUCGAAAAUAAGCAUCUCAUUUUGUUUUUAAAACCCUUCAAACACACUGCAGCAGGUGUAUCCACUUGCUAUUACAACUGGUAGAUGCUCAAUGUGUAGAUGCUUCUUCGGCAGCAAUUAUGAAAUUGUUUUCACGUUUUUGUCGAUGUCUUUUGUUUCGUCCUUCAUGCAUCUUGCUGGCUGUGUAUCCAUCAAAGCGUUGGAUGUAGUUAUGAUAUUUUUGCCAGCACGGUAUGAGGUAGAGUGCCGCCCUGCUGGUGGUCUAAUGGAGUGGCAGAGUGACAAGCCGACGCCCGGGCAGGAAACCCAACGCAGAGCAAUUAGAAAUUUGGUAUUUCAUAGAAAGCUGGCGCCUCUUCAGAGAUGACACACUGGCAGAUCCUACUCAAGGGUCUCGGAGCUUCCAGCGCCAGGCUGACUUACACAGGAUGGGACUAAUGUCCUCUCUGUCUGACAUGAAAUAUGUCCAAGACUCGUGAAAUGUCAAACCUCAAACUCACAGUCAGUCACACUCAAAGUCUUUAGUAUCUAACUCCUGUAGGAGUAUUU